GGCUCUUAACAAGAAAGGCUAUUUGAAACCAAAGACCUAUAUUCUAUUUCUAUAUACUGAAUUGCUAACAUUCCACCUAUUCUGUAAGAAAGGUUCAAGAAAUGUUUUAUUUAUUUUUUCAUUUAUUCAUCUUUUUUUUUCCUUUUCAUUUAUUUUAUGCGCGUGUGUAUGUUGGGGAAUGGGGUUCUUUAGGCAACACUAGCACAGUACAGGCUAUAUGGCAACCUCCCAGCUUCAAUAUUAAAGAGAAACCUCAGGUGACCCUCUGUACAUUAUUUCAGGCGCAAACGGGUACCUGUGGGAACCAACAACGGCCCGUAAGCUAGAUAGAUAGGUUUUGCAUACUACAACGGUGAGAGGCAAAUGGUUUGAAGCACAUGACCUUAAUCACUCGGCAAUGGACGGAUCGUCAGUAAAAUCAUAUUCAUCUUGCCAUGUUAAAUUUUCUAAGUUAUAUUUGUGGAAAAAUGUGACCAAUGUGCAUAUUAAAAUGGUAUCAUAACAAGUCACUCAUUUGGCAAGAUAAAAGAUAAAUGGUAUCCUUUACACAAUUGGUUUGAUGUAGAUAUAACAGAUAAUACACCUGUUAUUAUAUUUGAAUAAAUGACGUAAUAAUAUAAAUAUAGCCGUUUAGAAGAUAAAAUUUGACAAAUCUAUGCUCGAUAACAUUUCAUUCUUCAGACAAGUAAAGAAAAAUGGCGGAAGGUGUUGACGAAGAUGAUUUUUACCAGAGGGUUGUUGACGCGAUUCGAAAAAGGUUUGUUAGUGAUGCUUCUCCUAUGGAGAUUCUUGACGUGCUCCUUGAAAAAGAAUUCAUCGAUCAUGACCUGUAUAGAGAUAUAACAGAACUGACACUUACAUAAAAAAAAAAUCAAAAAAUCAUAGAAACAGUACGUUCAAAAGGAAAAACAGGUUACGUACUUUUUAAAAAAUAUCUAAGAAACAAUUAUCAUGAACACAUUGUGGACUACAUGGAACAGAAAGAGAAAGAAGUGAAACCGAAGGUGAAAAAAGAAAGAAUACAAAAACCUAAAAUUACUGGACAAAUUUCCGAUAAAGAUAUCGUAGUUCUAGCAAAUGCCAUAGGAACAAACUGGGAAUUGUUGGGCCCAUUUCUAGGUCUGUCAAACGUAGAAAUUGGACAUUUGAAGAUGGACAAAAUCUCGGUAGAGGUUCAAAUUAGCCAUAUGCUUCAAAAAUGGAAGCAACGUACAAGAGACCCAAGUUGGGAAGAAUUGUUUUCAAUUCUAAGUAAAGUACCAUCAGUACAGGUUGACUAUGAUAUGAUCAACAUGCACAAGUUAGAACAAGACAGAAUACCAGAUUCGAGAGAUGACUCGGCACCAGAGUUGCAGAAACCAGUACAAACAUUGAAAUACCCAUCAUCAGAGCAAGCACAAAAGAGAGAAAUGAAAGUAGAUCGUAUAGGAAUUAAGACUCAGCAUAUGGGUCAAAGUAUCAUUGACGAGAACAAACAUAUUAGUAAGGAAGCUAAAGCAAGAGAUGUGGUCGAUGCUGAAACGUUCGAAAACAAACCAGCUACAUCAUCAAAUCAUGCGAUAUCUAAACCUGUUCAAGAGACAGAAAACGGCAAACAAUUUGAAACAGAUUUAGGACCUUUUCAUAUAACGAUUUCGCCAAGCAAGGCUGAAAGUAGCUCAAAGACACAUACGGAUAGUCAAAUAAAUAACUUGAAAUCAAGUCAUUGUGAGAGACACUUUGAAGAAUCUUCCAACAUCAAAGAAUCUGCUUUAACAAAGUUAAGAGGUUUUCAAUCCAAAUUUUCCGAUUCGCGCAGACAAUGUUCUCAUGAUGGAAGAAUUAUUGUUUAUAAUAAGGAAUACUUUCAUUUGAUAGAGCAAUGUUGUAACGAGACAAUUAAGGGUGCAUUCGGUAUCGUUUAUGUAUCUGACGAGACGAUACCAGAUUUUGAAAUUAAAGUAGCAGUUAAAAAAAUAAUAUGCAAUGAUGAAAAAGAUGACAAAAAGCGCAAUCACUAUGAUAGAUCUACUACAAAUGAAAAGUUAGCUUCAAGAUUGAUGCAUUUUGCCAUUGUUCCCAUAUUAGGUAUGGGAUCAGAUAAAGGAAUGUAUUGGUUUCUGUGCCCCCGUCUUGACAAAGGUGAUCUUUUCGUUUUAAUUGGACGUGACACAAAGCGAAUGGAUGAUAAAUUACAAAAUGAUAUCGAGCUCAACCGCCAAAGACGACUUAGGAUACUCUACCACAUUUGUGCAGCAGUCGAUUUCCUUCACACGGAAAUUAAAAAUUUUAGGGGAGCAAUUAUCCAUUUAGAUGUCAAAUCAAGCAACGUCGUCCUUGAUCGAUUCUAUAAUGCAAGACUUACAGAUUUUGGGGUUGCAAGGGAAACUGCUGGAAAUAAUACAUCUAUCCAUACAUCUGUUUCUGCAAUACCUAUCACGGAUGGGUAUUUUAACCCACCGACAUUUGAUAAACUUGAAAAAUAUUUUGAUUAUUUUAAUGUCGGUGUAGUUACAAGAGAAUUAUUGACUGGAAAACAGCCAUCCUUUGAGUCAGGAGCUAAGGAAAUGUACCUCAAAGACCUUGAUGAUUCUGAACUUGAGCACUGCUACAUUCAAGAAGAUAUUUGGAACGAUGGCGAUGAGUUAUGUGAUCCUGCUUUCGCACUUAUAGCUUUUUCGCAAAAAUGUAUUGAAAGUGCAUCUACUUCAAGUGAAUUAAAAAAGGAAGAACAACUAACUUCUAAGCAGAUUCUAACAGAAACACAGGACCUUAUAGGAAAAUAUUGUGAGGGAAUUGCAUGGGAUCGCCCAAAUGACAGCACACUGUAUGGGGACAAGAAAAAUUGUGAGAUGUGUAUGGUCAAUCCCUCAGUACCAAAUGAUCUCCUGGCUCAUAAAGGAUGUAAUCAGCAUCUAAAGGUCUGUGUUUCAUGUAUGAGGAAUUCAUACCUGAAUCCACUGCAUUGUCAUUCCUGUUUUCAGGAAAUAGAUCCAAUUAUAGGAUCAAAGUGGGGAGCUGUGCUUGUAGCUGGUCACUAUGAUGACAAAACAUUAUCAGACUCGUGCAUGCAAGACGUAAAAGACGUGGAAAAAGUCAUCAUCUCUAAAUGGCCAUUAGUUAUGGGCAUUAAAGACGAAUAUGUGAAAACGAUUCAGUCUUCACUACACAACUAUGAAGACAUCAGAAGUCAAAUUCAGAAUGCAUUCAGUGCCCAUAUUAGAGCUGGUUUGAGUACCAUUUUAUUUUAUUAUACUGGACAUUACACAAAAGAAAAUGGUUUUGUCUUGAAUAGUAGCAACGAGGAGACACAAUCUGAAACAAGAAAUCAGUUCAUGUCGCUGGCAGAAUUUAAAGACAUACUUCGAUCAUUUUCAAAAGGAGGGUUGGAUGAAUCAGAGAAAAGUGGAUUGAGAAGAUUGAUAAUCGUUCUUGAUUGCCCAGAAGCACCUUUGUUGUGCUCUGACGAAUCUCGUCUUUUCGAAGAUAUGAAUUUGGUUCAGUUGAAUUCCUGUCAAUCUGAUCAAAAGGCAGUUUCUUCAAGAAGAUUUUUCAAUAAAGCUUUCAUCCAAGGAUUAACGAUAAAAUCUACUAAAGAGGAGUGCUUCUUGAUGACAGAUCAUGGAAUUACUUGUGAAAUUUGCCCCAUUAAUGGUGACGAUUUUAUCACUUUUGGGAACUUACAAACUUACAUUUAUAGACAUAUGAAGGCGUUGGGUGACGAAAACGUAACCGAACCUGUGCUGUACGCAAGCAAAUACGAUUGGAUUGGCUAUUUAAUACACACGGAUAAUAAAAUAAAGUUCAAAAUAGCAAAUGAUGGAAAGCAGAAGGAUUAUACAAUAUCUUGUAAUUUCUUCACGAACAUCAAUCAAUUAAAGGAAGCCUUAUUUGACGAGUUCAUAGCAACGUUUAAACUCGACAAAGAUGUCGGGGGAAUUUUGCAACUAGACGCCAAACGCUACGCUGAUAUUCUUCGACUCGUUAUUCAAACAGGACCAAAAUCUAUGCACAAAAAGGACCUAAAUAAUCUGGAGCAGGUGAUGUCUGCAUGGAACGGAAAAAGAGAUUUGUUUGUAGAAUUGAGGAAAGUCGAAAAUAUAGAGCAUGGGAUGGUAGGAGUGUUCAAAAAAGAUCAAGAGGAACCGUUAUUUUCUUAUGUCAAUGACUGGGAGCACGGGCUGGAUGUGACAGACUACCAAUAUGUUUACAAAAUGGAUAUCAAAAGCUUUUUGAAGCAAAAGAAACCUGGUUUUCAACAAAUGAAACAAGCUCUUGCAUCAUUAAUCAAAGCAAGGAAAUAUGAAGAACUUCAAAUUGUAUUGCCGAGGGCAAAAGACGAGCAAGGUGUAUGCUUCACAAAAGACGACUUUUUAUGUUUAAAAGUUGUUUGAGCUUCCUUUCAAAGAUGCUGACAAUAAUGAGAUGUUAAACAGAGCAGCAAUUAAAUUGAUUUUACAGUCAUUAAUUGACGAGCAUAAAGAAAAGUUUAAAGAAUCACACUUUUUUAAAGAUUAUUAUACAAAUGGUGUAUUCAGAACCUAAAUUAAGCAUGCAACAACAAGUCUUCAGAUAGUAAAUGGACAAAAGUUCAUUUCUAGAAAACGGAAAACACGGAUCAUUAUGACUGCUCUUACCUUAUUCAGGAAAAAAAAAGUUACUAACGCAGUAGUCAAUAUUAAAAGAUCAGAAAAUGUAUUCAACAUUCCAACAGUCACAACAGUGGUUAGGGAUCAUAUUUCAAGUUUAUUAUUGAUGUGCAGGCAAGAAUAGCUCUAAUCAUAUUUGAUCUUAUUUGUAAAAAAAAAUAUUAUAGUUCUUGUUUAUAUGACGAAAUAAUUUACUAAUUUUAAAAUUUUAUUUCCGAAAAAACCGACAGAUAUCAAAAUCAAAGAAAUUUACAAUCCACAUUCAUUGGCACCAUAUAAAUAUUAUUAUAGCACAUUGAUAUUUAUCUUUUCUUUCUUAUAUUCAUGAUAUGUAAUUUAAGUCAGCACUAACAAUUGUUUGUAUGCUCAAACAAUAUUUUAAUUCUUGUAUGAAAGAUCUAGUAAACAUAUCUUAUGCCUGAGGUAUGUGAGUUCUUUUUUCAAGCCGCAUUGUGCUCAGGAAAUAAACUGUUUUUAUAACAAGCAACUAACAUGCAUCAUUAUUAUCCAAAUGUUGUAAAACGAAUGAUAUCCCUUUUUAAGAAAGUAAAAAAUUAUUUGUAGGCAUAAUAUGCCUUUAAUUGGUGACCAAAUUGUUACUGAUUGUACUGAUAGAAAUGUUAACAGCUCAAUAUUACAGUGUUAAUGAAAACAAUUAUGUAAUCAUAGCUUCGUAAAUAUAAGCCACAAGUUUUUAUUCAUAGAAGUGUAAGCUUUAUUAAAUAUAGAUAAAAUGUUGAAUAUGCACCUUAAGUAUUUUAUCUUUGCUAUGCAGUGUAGAUAUAUUCAUUUUAUAUCCAUGUAUACAUGUAUAUAUACAGGACCUCGUCAUAUAAAAUUUUAUUUAACAAAUUGAAGGAAUUGUUCGUCUCAGACUGACAGUUUCUUUCACAAGUUUAAUAAAAUCUAAAUAUAUAAUGACAACGAAUGUGAGCUUUUUAUCAUAGAACUAAACAACUUAAUGGAUUUAUUUGUUACAUUGAAUUGAAGUACUGUACAUGUAUAUCAUUAUGUAUUGUAAUGACAACAGAAUUAUUCGCAAUAAAAAUCUUCUGCU